AUGGCGAUCCCCCGCCUCCGCCCGUCCUCGUCCCGCCCCCACCACGCCCAGCCUCGCCCAGCCCCACUCAUUCCCACUCCUCUCUCUCCACCCGGGCCCGCACUGGUCCCGCGGAGAGCCCGUUCGCCCACCCUCGCUCCCGGUCCACCCACGAUCACGGACGCCCACGAAUGCACGGACACACUCAAGCUUCGCCUCUCGCUGGACACCAUCGGGGUGGAUUCCAGGUCACGGAAUUGGGGAUGGCUUGUGUGGAUAAUCCUCGUCUCCGUCUUGUCAAAUACCUUCGUCCUCAUCUACACCCUCGUAACAUGGCCAAAACCCCUCGUGUUUGACAACUGGACGUCAUUACACAACCACACACUCGUGAACGCCGCCGCCCUCGCGUUAGACGACCCAAUACACGCCUCGGGCAACGUCAUAGCCACCGGUUUCUACACCGACGAGUUCGCCACCGCCGUCGCCGCCCUCGGCGACUCGCUCUCCCGCCUCGACACCACCGCCCGGCUGCUGAUGCUCUACAUCCCCGCCCAGGUCUCCCCGCGCGGCCUCUGCAUCGCGCGCACCACCGGCUUCACCCCACACCCCGUCGCGCGCAUCCCGCCCCCGAACGACGGCAAGGGCGUCUUCCCCCACUUCCUCGACCAGUACACCAAGCUCCGCCUCUGGGAGCUCGACGCCCUCCGCGCCGACGCCGUCGUCUACCUCGACGCCGACACCCUCGCGCUCCGCAACUUCGACGAGCUCUUCGCGCUCCCGUACGACCUCGCCGCCGUCCCGGACGUGUACCCGGACCGCAAGGGGUUCAGCAUCCACUUCAACGCCGGCGUGCUCCUCCUCCGCCCGGACUCGGCGCGCUUCAGGGAGUUCGACGUCCUCCGGCUCCCGUACGCGUACAACGGGAACCUGGCGAUCAAGAAGCGCAGCAGGGCGCUCUGGGAGGGCAUCCGCGACGAGCUCCGGGUCGUGCACUACACGAUGGUCAAGCCGUUCACGCGGGACAACAAGAACUACGCGCUUGUGCCGAUGCGCGAGCUCGAGGCGAACGCGAGGCGGCGCGGGGCGGAGUUUGGGGGGCUGGAGGCGUGCAUGUUGCUGUCGGACAUACCGGGGACCAUGGGCGUGAGGACCCGGGUGGGUGGUGGUGUGUGCUCCUCUGCUUUGCGCUGCGCUCUCGAACGGCCCUCGUUGCACGUCGUACGCUAUGCUAUCCACUUGUAG